UUUCCCAGUCCUUUAAAGAACACCCUUUUUUUCAAUUUCCCAGUUUCAAAUAUUAUUGGGAUCUAGGGUUCUUGGUUGUUCAAACCUUUGGUCAAUUCAAUAUUGGUCAUUAAAUCAAGCGGUUGUGGUUUUCUUUCUCCUCCGCAUUCUCGCCAUGCCACCUCGCGCAUCUAAGCGAAAGACGGCCCCACCCAACUCCUCAUCCGUCACAUCAUCCGACGGUCGUUCUGUCUUGAGUAAAGCUAAAACAAAGGGGCUGGAAAAGAUAGUUCGUCUGUUCAAUUCAUAUGCAAAUAGUUCAUCAGGCAUGAUUGAUCCGGAUGGUAUUGAAGCACUCUGUUCAGAUCUAGGAGUGGACUACACUGAUGUGAGGAUAUUGAUGCUUGCUUGGAAAUUAAAAGCUGCAAAGCAGGGCUUCUUUACCCAGGAUGAGUGGCGAACUGGCAUGAAAGCAUUGGGGGUUGAUUCUCUUAGCAAACUAAAAAAGGCACUUCCUCAGCUGGAGAUCGAGGUGCGGAAGCCCAAAAUUAUGAGGAUUCUAUACCUAUGCAUUUCAAUAUUGCCUAACAGGUUUGCCCUUUAA